AUGUCAUUGAGACCAAGUACAUGCAUUAUCAAUGUGGUGGAGGAUGUUAUAUACAUUGAGGUUGCUGGCUCUUUUUCCAAGUGGGACACCCACUUUUUUUUAGUUGAUAUUUUGUCACCUGGCAUCAAGAAGAUCAUGUUCUGUCUCAAGGACACUGUCAAUAACAAUCUCUCCACUGAUGCAAAGUGUACACUGGAAGGAGAGGCUUUGGAGCAGGUCGAGGCAGCCAGUUCCCAGCUCCAGACUGCUCAUGCAGCUCUUGUGGUUGAUGCAAGCCACACUUUGGACACCAUCUGCAAUGAGUUAUUGGUUAUUAGAGAUGCUGAAGAGUCCAGCAUCACAGAACCUGUUGGGGCUGAGGAUGUCAAAUGCAAGCCUGACCCAGAGCCUGGAAAUUUGCAGUUUGAGUCAACUUCUGCCUCUCCCUGUAGAGUGCUUGCUUGCACCACCAGAAAUCUGAACCCAGAUGCCCAUAGUCCAACAAAACCACAGGCCUACCACAUCAUUCCAUUCAAUCCAUCUGAUAUCCCCACACAGCUUGCUAAAAGGAAGGCAGCAGUCAAUGCAUCCACUGGCCCCAUCCAGAAACAUGCAAAGUUGGAGGUACCAUAA